AUGACUCAUCGAGUUUUGAUGAGAUGGUGCCAAGACCACAUGGAAAAGGCAACCACUGCUUCCGGAGACGUACCAAGCAUGGGCGUCGUUAUGCUUUGUCUUCACACCCAGUCAGCCAAUCUGUCAGCAAUCUCGUUGCUCCAUUGGUUAACCGUCUCCGUGUUGCGUGAAGGCUCAACGCCCUUCCUCUAUCCGACGCCUCGGUUGCUGCCGCGUGGCAACCCGAUCAAUGGGGCUGUCGAGGCGAGUAGCUCCGGCUCUGUCUGGAAGCUCUCGAGACUCCUGAAAAGCGCGUAG